AAUUCUAAAGUAUAUAUAAAGCAAAAAGACACAAUUACACAGGUUAUCCAAAAAGAAGGUUCUGUAGUACUUUUAAAAUUAUUUGUAACAUGAAAUGGUUAAUUGUAGAUAACUCUAUGCAUAUGUAUAUAAAUUAAAUUGUGAUAUUUCCACAUUAUACACACAUACAUAUUCGUUAAGCCAUGGCGCAAUCAGUUCACAGAUGGUGACUGGUGGUAAAAGAUAAUGGAAGUCUACGGGGAACUGAGCACAUCUGAUGCAACAACCAAUUAUAUUUCCAUAUACAUAUGUAUGUUUUAAGAUAAAAUUACAUGUACGUGUAUAUACUUAUGUUUUAAUACAAUUUUUACAUUUUACAUGGCAAUAGGAAGAUUGACGAAGAAGGAGCAACCAUAGAUAUGGAUCAGAGUCGAACAUAUUUCAAAACAUUUAAACGGGUAUAUUUCGCUUAGGCUAUCCUAUUCAUAAAUAUAUAACAAAAAUAUAUAAAAUAUAAUAUAUAUUAUAUUAUAAUUUAAAUAUUAUGUCUAAUAAUAACUCGCAGUAAAAUUCCAUUGCCAUUGCCAUUUUUUAAUAGGUACUUACAUAUAUACUUGUAGAUAAAAAUACGUAUAUAUUUGUACAAUAUUUAACUAUUAAAUAUUUACACAUCCAACAAUCUUGGAGCCCAGUAUUUGGCCAGCAUGAAGUUGUCUUAUCAAUAUGAAUUAAAAGCCCCACGUCUAAUUCAAUGGAAUCCAACUUUCACAAUUAAAAAGCCAACGUUAUCAAAUGAGCACUUCAGCAUUUAUCUUAAAUGGAUAAAAAAGCGAGAAAGGCUAAUCUAAUGCCAAUUGCGUGUACGAAAUAGUAAAUCACAGAUUAAGCUAAAAAGUCUCAUAGAGUUAGCUGAUAGCACCCACAACUGCGAAAUAAAUAAAAAUCUUUGUUCGUCACGAAUAAAGUCACACAAAAUGAGCGCGUCACUGUGUGAAGAAGGGACCUACAAAAUCGCUGCGCCGGAAAAUAAGCAGGCGAUAAAGCCAAAUGAGGAAGAACGCCUGGUCGAUCAACAACAGGAUAAGGCAGGGCGAUGGAGCAAGCAGCUGGCCUUUGUUGGAUAUGGUGCAACCAUAGGUUCAGCAAUUCCUUCAGGAUAUUGCAUUGGUGUUAUGAAUAGUCCUGCAGAGUUUAUGCGCGAUUGGUGUAAUCAGACACUGAUAGAGCGAUAUGGCUGGGAGUUGGGAGAAAUGGGAAUCAACAUUCUAUGGUCAACGAUUGUUUCGAUUUUCUUAGUUGGCGGCGCAAUAGGAUCUCUUACAGGAGCAAAAGUGGCCAACCGUUUCGGAAGGCGUAGCAGUUUUCUAUACUGCGGUGUGAUCUUUAUCAUCUCCGCUAUGCUAUUCUACACUUGUCGCAUGCUCCGUUCGGUGGAAGCGCUUAUUAUUGCCCGUUUUCUGGCCGGCCUAGCAUCAGGUUUAACGACGGCAUGUUUGCCUAUGUACCUGUCAGAGGUGGCACCACUAUCAAUGCGCGGUGUUUUAGGUGUCUUCUGUCCAAUGGGCCUAACCGCCGGCGUUGUGAUAGCACAAGUAUUUAGUUUACGAAGCGUCUUCGGUAAUGCUGAUCAAUGGCACAUCGCGAUCAGCCUUUAUAUUGUGCUAGUGUUAAUAUGUUAUGCACCUAUGAACUACUAUCUAGAAAGUCCGAAAUGGUUAUACAUUAUGAAAGGUGAUAAGGUUGGCGCGCGACAACAACUGGAAAAGUUGCGAGGAAACGUUAAUGAGAAUGCGAUUAAUAGAGAGAUUUUGGAGAUGGAAGCUGAAGCGAAUGUUAAAAAUCAAGUCAGCAGUUACAAGGCCAUUCUUAGCGAUCCUAAGCUUCGCUUACCAUUAAUCAUAGUUUGUGCCUAUCAAGGCGGACAACAAUUAUCCGGUAUUAACGCUAUUUUCUUCUAUUCGGUGUCUAUUUUUCUGAAAGCUGGGUUAUCUGCAACUGCUGCCGAGUGGACUAAUUUAGGUGCUGGUAGCCUUAAUUUGGCAAUAUCGUUAUUCGGACCAUAUUUAAUGGCACGCUUCAAUCGUCGUCCACUUUUUCUUUUCUCAACGUUUUUUAGUGGCGUAUUUUUGAUGGCAUUUGCAGUGUUACUCUACUUUAUUGACUAUGUCUCUUGGUUUGCAAUGGGUUGCAUCGCAUGCAUAUUUCUUUACAUUUUGUUCUUCCAAUUUGGUUUGGGUCCCAUACCAUUUUUCAUUGGAUCAGAACUUUUCGAAGUGGCUCCACGCCCAGCGGCCAUGUCUCUCGGAAGUCUUUCCUCUUGGGUAUGUAAUUUCACCGUGGGCAUGCUCUUUCCAACGCUACAAGAAGUAUGGGGCUCUUUGGUGUUCAUACCUUUUUCCUUGGUCUGCAUUUUGCUUUUCUUACUGACCAAACGUUAUUUACCGGAAACUAAAGGUCGCGACCCAUCUCAGGUUGUACAAUUGGUGGCGAAUGGUUUUAAAUCGAAUAUACAUGAAGGCAAAUAAUUUCAAUUUAAUGUUAUUUAAACUCUUUUGAGCAUAUGCAUACAUAUAAUAAUAGUGUUUCUUAUUAUUUCUUGUUUUACUUAUGGUAUAUAUUACGAACUAAUUUAUUUAAGUUAAAUCUUU